AUCGUUAAAGAGAAGGCAUUCGGAUUUUCUAUCUAUCUCUUCUUCUCUAAGAUCAACUUCGCGAGGUUGAAGAGACGGUUUUCAGAGGCUCGCUGAGUUCCGUAAUCAUUUGAGGAGCUCGUAAGAAGGAAAAACAUGCAGGCAUCAAGAGCUAGGCUUUUCAAGGAAUACAAAGAGGUACAGCGAGAGAAAUCGGCCGAUCCAGAUAUUCAAUUGGUCUGCGAUGAUUCCAACAUAUUCAAAUGGACUGCUCUUAUUAAGGGGCCAUCAGAAACUCCUUAUGAAGGAGGAAUUUUCCAGCUUGCUUUCUCUGUACCAGAGCAGUAUCCCUUGCAACCUCCUCAAGUGCGAUUCUUAACCAAAAUAUUUCACCCAAAUGUUCAUUUUAAGACAGGAGAGAUUUGUCUUGACAUCCUGAAAAACGCAUGGAGCCCAGCUUGGACACUUCAGUCGGUCUGUAGAGCAAUUAUUGCCUUAAUGGCUCAUCCAGAACCUGAUAGUCCAUUGAACUGUGAUUCAGGUAAUCUUCUACGAUCUGGUGAUGUUCGAGGAUUCCAGUCUAUGGCAAGAAUGUACACAAGGCUUGCAGCUAUGCCUAAGAAGGGGUGAGUUUUCCGGUUUCCUAUUUGUACUUUGGAAUGAUGAAAUUCUGAAUAAUGUUUAGUUUCGAGAACCGAAUACCCUUAUUGAUAUGGUUGUGUAUUUCUUUGUCUCCCUUUAGACAAUGAUGAAUUAGUGUGUUAUUAUAGCUGUUGAUGAAGAUCAUAUGUGAAUAAUAAGAUGAAUCAUUUGGUCUUUCGCCAUUUAUAGAUGUGCUCAUGUUUUCGGUUA